UGCUGUUGGACGCUGGCAUCAGAGUUUAAUAGUACUGAGAAAUAUGUCGCUCUUUGAGAGUCUGUUACCCAGUAAUACUAUGGAUUUGUGAGAAGAACACGUAAUUAUUGUGGGAUUACGUUUAUUUGGCGGCCUCUCGGCGUUGCACGGGCCUGGAUAAGUUACAAACCGAGCAGCCUCUUCUACGAACAGUUGGUCAAGCUAGCCGCCUGUAGUAAAAUGACGGAAGACGUAUCGGUGGGCUGCUAGCUGAUUAUUUAUCUUUGAAUUAGCCAGGAACUGGUACAGCUAGCUACCAAGACAAGACCCCAUCACCGCUGAAAGGCUGGAGUAUGGAUUUCUGACGGAUACAACGACUUUUCUGUCAUUCUAACCGCAGGAAGAAAAAACAUGACCAACAGUGAAACAUCGGGUUUACUGUGUUUGGAACUGAACCUCGCAGGAGCAUCCUGACCAACCGUGGGACUGGAUUCAGCUGUUUGUGACUCCGGACAGAUUCUACUGUUCCAGUGUUUCAUCUGUUUACCCACCAGACGAGGAAACGUGUUUGCAUCCUGAGGAAUACUCAGUACACAGCUGGCCUUUGGAACCUCUAUUUCCUACAUAUUAAAGGCACCACUUUUCCCUUCUUGUUGAGGUUGUUUUUAGGGCACGGCUCUGGAGAGACUGUAACCUCCACGGGAUUGUUGUGGGGAGGGUGUUAUCAAUGCCUCAGUGCUCUGCUAGGGAAGGAAGUGGAGGGACGUCCCUGGAGGAGAGGGCACAAAAACACAAAACUGCCUGAAGCUGGGAUGCCCGACAUUUCUGUUGCAUAACUGACACCCAUGAAACCAUCGGAGGAACAGAGUAGGUCCGUGUUGCCAUGGCUGGCUGAUGUGAUACCACUACCUGUUUACACAUAGCCCGGGCCUCCCUGUUUGGCUCUUUCUCAACACUUCCAAUACUAAUGAAAAGGAUACUAAUGGAUGGUCUACUGGAUUUUCCCCCAGUUGUUUUGGAAAGUGUUACCCACUCACAAACUGCCUCCUGUCUUGCGAUCACAUCUACAGUGCAGCUUGCAGGUGUGGUGGUUUGAAUCGGCCACCAGCGGGGUCUAGGGAUGCCCCGACACAAGAAAACCAGGCUACUCCAUUGGCCCGCUUACAGACUGCUGUUUCUAAUACAAGUCCUGGACUGAAGGCCAGUCGGGGUUGAUGCAUUUUUUUAAAUUUAAAGCCUGUCCUCGGAUCGUUCCCCUGACCUGAGAACAUUUUGCUAGUGUGGACGAGCUUGUUGCUGAUGUGAAGGACUCGGCUUUUAAAAAACACAAAGCAGUGACAUUUUCAUCCAGUGCUUUAUUUUUCAUUCACACUUUUCUUUUUAAGCCUCAUCACAUUUCUCACUGCUUGCUACCCAAACAGCUCCGCCUCUGCGCUCACCCUUCUCCUAUUUGAGGACCAAUCAGGCUGCGAGGUUCUGUUACAAUUUGAGUUUUUUCACAGCACCAAAGUACUAAAUAGUUUUUGUUUUUCACAAUUAGCCAUUCUCCAUUUAAAACUGUACUCUUAUCAUUUUGCCAAUUUUUUUUGUUUUGUUUUGUUGACGUUUGCGGACCAGUUGUUCUGGGACCUUUGGGAAAGACCGCCUUCUGUCGUAUUCAUACUUGACUGACACGUUGGAAUAAACAGAAUAGAACUUUAGCGUGUUUGCUCGUGGCACACGGUGGAUCAGGCACCUUCCUCUUUACGUUCAGUGGCUUAUUUGUGCAGCCUGUCUUCCCACCUGUUUUUUUUUUUGUUUUUUUUGUUUGUUUUUAGGCAGACGGGGAAACGAGGCUUUUACAGCACAGACCUGUAAGCUUACUUUAAUCUGUCACAGUUGAUCAGGAUUGACCUAAGAACCUGAGAUAACAAGCAUCCAGCCCUCCUCCCAUCUGAGCGUGCAGUAAAGCAUUUUUCUCUUUUCCAUCUCAGAAGUGAAACCUUCCAACUAUUAUCGACAGUCCCUGCACACCAAACCCUCUCUGUACACGUAAGGGAACGUUUAAGGCUGAUGAUAAAUUACUUUGGAUAGCAGUUAGUGGACACACACAUCACUACUAACAGGAAGUGAUGCCAGGCAGUAGUAGUAAGAGCGGAGGGCGGGGUCCAUCCUCGUCCCCCCUCCCUCAUGCUGUAGUCCCGUCCAGCAGACCCCUGCGACCUUCACGCUACGUUCCUGUGUCAGCAGCAGCGUUCUUCCUCGUCGGCUCCACCACGCUCUUCUUCUGUUUCACGUGUCCGUGGCUUUCAGAGCGUUUCUCAGUGGCCAUCCCCAUCUACAAUGGCAUCAUCUUCCUCUUUGUUUUGGCUAACUUCUGUAUGGCCACAUUCAUGGACCCUGGCAUCUUCCCCCGAGCCGAGGAGGACGAGGACAAAGAAGACGAUUUCCGCGCUCCACUGUACAAGACGGUGGAGAUCAGAGGGAUCCAGGUCAGGAUGAAGUGGUGUUCAACCUGCCGCUUCUACAGGCCGCCACGCUGCUCCCACUGUUCUGUCUGUGACAACUGUGUUGAGGACUUCGACCAUCAUUGUCCGUGGGUGAACAACUGCAUCGGCAGGAGAAACUACCGCUACUUCUUUCUCUUCCUGCUGUCUCUGACAGCCCACAUCAUGGCUGUGUUUGGCUUUGGGCUGCUCUUCAUCCUCUACCAUCGGCAGAACAUUGACCGCCUGCACGCCAUUGUCACGCUCGCAGUAAUGUGUGUCGCAGGCCUGUUCUUCAUCCCUGUCGCUGGCCUCACUGGCUUCCACAUAGUCCUUGUGGCUAGAGGCAGGACGACCAACGAACAAGUAACGGGGAAGUUCAGAGGAGGUGUUAACCCUUUCACCAAUGGCUGUUGGAAGAAUGUCUCUCAUGUCCUCUGCAGCUCACAGGCACCCAGGUAUCUGGGCAGGAGAAAGUGUGCACAGAGUGUGAGUCUGCAGCCUCCUUUUCUUCGGCCACAGCUGACAGAGGCCCAGCUGGCUGCAAAGAUACUGGACAAUGGCAUACAGGGAGAUCUGCACAGGUCAAAGUCCAGUCUGGAAAUGAUGGAGAGCCAGUCCUGUGACGCUGAGCCACCACCACCUCCUAAACCAGAGCUCCGCUACCCAGGAAUUACCAGAGGAAACACAGAGGAGUGCAGUUUGCUGAACAAGGCCCCUCCCACUCCCACUAUGUACAAAUACAGGCCCACGUACAGCCCUGGCAAGAACCACACGGCGCUCACACAUGCUUACGCCAACCAGCUAAGUCGAGGGGAGAGCGUCGGCAGUGCCAGGGACUCUUCCUCCUCCACCUCUUCCCUCCUCCAGGCCAGCCAGCAGCCUGGUUUCCGCUCGCAGCCCAGCCUGGAUCGGAGGGAAACGUCGUCUGAAAGAGUGGGAGGGGGAGGAGGAGGGGAGAGGAGGGAGGUGGGGCGAGAGGGAGGAGGAGGAGGAGGCGGCAUUCCUGGCUAUUCUCUGGGCGGGCGCUCCUACCCCUCCUUCUCUGACCCCACCGUCCUGUCUGCAGUGGCGUCGCGAUCUUCCAGCUCCACGCACACCUCGGCGGGCACCGUCCACGUCUCAGAGGCCACCACCACCUCCGCCAGCUUCAAGAGCUUAGCCAAUCAGACACCCCCGCCCCACCACCCGUCUCGCAACGGGAGCCUGUCUUACGACAGCUUGCUAGCAGGCGGCGAUGAGUUUGACAAAGCAGUGGGCGUGAGCUCGGUGGCCCCCGACGUCUCCGGUGGGAGACCCUGCACGCCAGCGGCGGGUGGUGGCUACAGCUCCCCCUUCCUGUCGUCACAGCAGAGAGAGGCUGAGAUGCAGUCCCAGUCCACCCAGUCACCCCACCACCACCACCGUUCCUCUCACCACCACCACCCCUUCCUCCAUCACUCCUCAUCCUCCACGUCUUCCUCCCCACCGCCUCCACCAGAGAGGGAGCGCCUGCUGGGCGAGCCCCACCUACCUGCAGCGCCUGCCGGUCAAACCUCUGCUCCACCGCCCCCACACCACCACCACCACCAUCACCAUCACCACCACCACUCCCACCACCACCAUCAUCACUCCUCGUCCUCUUCCUCCACCUCUCGUCCUCCACGCUUUGCUGCCCCUCACGCAGGGCCCCACCACGCCUACCCCUAUCGCACCCGUUCGACCGACACGCCUCUGGGCUCCUCCUCCACCACGCAUCCUCCCCGCUCCCCACACCCCCCACCUCUGGGCAAGUCGCUCUCCUAUUCAAGUGCAGCCGCCGCCGAAAUGCAGUACCGGCUGGUCCGCAAGGCCUCGGCGUCGGCCGGAGCAAACGCAGCGGGGGUAGGAGGAGGUGGAGGCGGAGGGAUGGGAGGAGGAGGAAUCCAAGUGCCGAAGGAUGAGCUGAUGCAGAUGAAAUCUCUGAGUCGGAUUAAUGGAGGUCAGCCCUUCUCCUCGACUUCCACCUCCUCCUGCUCCGCCCCUUCCUCUCCCUGUCACCCAGUCAACACGUCCGCUCCGGCCAGAGCAGCCUGUCCCAGCCCAGCACUGAUGCUGAGUCCUGCCCACAAGCCCCAAGGCAGCGGGGUGAAGAAGGUGACUGGUGUCGGGGGCACCACCUAUGAGAUUUCAGUCUGACUGGCAGUCGGCCUCCAGCUCCAGGACCAGUGGGACAAAGUGGACGUAGCACUACGUCUUUAUGCCCGCUAAGGAACAAAUUCAGAUUUUACCAAAAAAAACAGCUUCCUGCUGUGGACCUGGACCUUACUUCUCAUUGGCUGUGUGACUGAGCAGCCCCUCCAAUAGAAACCUGGUCUAAAGUGAGGCAGAAUCCCAGGCGCUGCGCUAGAAAAGACUAGUUCUUGGUCCAAACAGACCCCACGGUGCUCACUUCUGCUUAGGUCUGUGUGGCAUUGUACAAGCAUAGCAGCGAAAAGGCGUUAGCACUGCCAGGGAUGGGGGCUGGAUCCCCGGGGGUCCACUCUGGAACAGGUCUGGACUCGAGCUGAGUUUACCUGAUGUUGGUUGUCUCCCUCUUUUUUUUAGACCUCAUCAUUUUCACACUUGUAUCUAGAUCAUGAAACUGUGGAACCCAGAGGGCUCCCCCAGGACAGGUGAUGAGUCACACCAGGGGGAGUGCAGGUAAAGCGUGCUUUUACCAGCAGCAUCCACCUGAUGGAGCAGUCAGGUGGCACUGGACCACAGGUGUGUGUGUGCGUGUAAUCCUGAAACCAGUCAAAGGGAGCUGUUAGCGGCUCUGUACCUUUCUGCUUCGAUGAUGAUGAACUCUGAGUUCGUUCCUGAUGGAGGAAAGAACAGUGUAAGAUUUGAAGGGGAGGGGCACGAGCAGACUUCUUUGCUUCAUUUGUCCAUUUAUUCCUAGAUGUGAACAUGAUUCCAUGUUUGUACAGGAUGUGUUUUUAAAUGUGGUUUCCUGUUUUUUAAAAAAAUAAAAAGUGGACUGCAGCAUGCACUACUCCAACCCUGUAGGCCGCCAUGUCUGGCUGCAGACGCACAGGUCAUUCCAUCUGAAAGCAUCACAUUUGAUUGGCUUAAAAAUGGUUUAAAAUGGGACACGUGUACUGAUUGUAAAUGCAAUCUGCAAAUAAUCAUGUGGAUAUUUCAUUUAAAGCAAAGGCCCAUCCGUUCACUUUCAGAUGUGUUUGAAUGUAACUCUAAAGAAAACAGUCUGACCACGAAACUGAAUCAGGAUCAGUCUUUACCUUCAGGUACUGCAUAAAUAAACUGGGCUGAGCUGAAACACCAGGAAGCUCUCAGUGGUGGGCUAGUUGGAAAAACUGCAGAAGACAAGUGACAGUGUGUGUGUGUGUGUGUGUGAGAGUGUGUGUGUGUGUGUGUGUGUGAGUAUGUGUGUGUGUGUGUGAGUGUGAGUGUGUGUGUGUGUGUGGUGAUUUCAGAUGGAACGACCACUCGUUGUGUUGUCUGAACAAACUAAAGUGAAUCUGGAAACUGUUUCAACCUCUCGUUGUUAAAGAUGGAGCAGGAUUUUGUGGAACAUGAGCGAAUGCCUUGAAAAUGCAAGUGUUGUCCUUUUUUUAUUUCACCUAUUUAAAUUGACAUUGUUUUAUAUGAAUUUCUAUGGAAAUCUAGCUAUUGAUAAAUAUUGCAGAGUUUUUAAUAUUGACCCAGAAGAGGUUGUGUUUGCCAUUGUGUCAGUUUGAGCCUCUGGAUAAAACCAUUAAAGCAGCACCUCCCAUUGCUUCAGGCUGAUGCUUCACAAACAUGUUCCAGUUCUCGCGGCAGCACGACUCUCUGAGAUGACAAAGUACACACAUUCUGUACUCGAGUAGAACAGUCGUGCAGAUACUCCAGUAGAAGUUGAAGUACUGACUCAGCGUCUUUGGUCGAGUACCAGUGAAAUGUACUCGCAGUAAGAAAGUAACUGCUUGAAGGACGAUUCUGCUGUUUUAAUGCACAGAUGAGUGGACCUGCUGCUAUAUUAUCAUAAUAAAGUAAUAUUAGUCAAAUUUAAAUUCUGAUUCUAA